AUGUCUGAAUUGAAAGCAAGCAAGGACGCAUUGAUUGCAUCCCUUUUUGAAUUAUCGAAAGCUGCUCAAGAGGCUGCUAAAAAUGCUGUUGAUUUCUACAAGAUAGCCACUGGAGGCAAUGAAGACGUGACAGCCGAGCAAUUACAAGGUAUUCAAGAAGCCAUGAAGGCUGCUGCUGAUUCUGCUUCUGGUGUUAAGCAUGGUUUAGAAGGUGCUUCCAAUGGCGAUAAGAAAAAGAGAAAGGUUGAAAAGGAUCCAAAUGCCCCAAAGAAGCCAUUAACCAUGUUCUUUGCCUUUAGUUUCCACUUGCGUAAGUUAAUUGCAGAGGAAAGAAAGAAAAAGGGAUUGCCUAACCUCGGUGCAAUUGACUUGAACCAAAGGGUCAAAGAACGUUGGGAUAAUAUCAGCGAAGAAGAGAAAUCCAAAUGGAAACACAAGUAUGAAGAGGAAAUGAAACUAUACAAUGCUGAAAAAGCCAAAUAUGAACAGAGCUUGAAAGAUGGAUCUGACUACAAACGUCCUGAACAUCCAUAUUCGAGCGGAUACGAGGAAACUAAUACUCCUUUGGCCGAAGAAGUUGUUGAAGAGGAAGAGGCUGACAUCCCCGCACCAUCUUUGUCCCAAGAAGAAUUGAAAAAGAAGAAAAAGAAGCAAGAAAAGAAAGAAAAGAAGAAGAAGUUAGCCGCUGGUUCGCCAUAA